AUGGCCGACACCAAACUCACCGACCAACAGGUCGCAGACCUCACGACCAUACUGCGCGGCGAUGGACCACUCGAUUCAAAAGUCCAAUAUGUCACCCUUAUAAAGUCGGGCAUCAAACAACACAAUGUUCCCGAGACAAGCGUCCCCCAGCUCUUUGAUGGCUUGCGCGCAGCUACUACCUCCCAACAUGCCGCCCUAGUUAACGCCGGCUUCACGGCGCUGAAUCAUCUCUUAACACGUCUAUCACGUCAAGAACCCAAGCUUAUAUCCAAAGAAGUUGCGAGGACUCUGCCGAUUGUCAUAGAGAAGCUCGGUGACCAUAAGGACAAGUUCCGUUCUCUCGCUUCGCACUCGCUUGUUACUUUAUAUGGCAUUGCGCCGCUCGAUGUCGAACGCUUUGUUCGAAAUACUGCCAUGACAGGAAAGAAUCCAAGGGCCAAAGAAACUUCCAUGCUUUGGCUCCUCCAGAUGCACAAAGAGAAUGGCCUAGCUUUCCGAGCUUACGUUCCUGUGCUUAUGGAACUGCUUGAGGAUGCCGAUGGGAUGGUGCGAGAUACUGCCAAGAGUGUUGUCAUGGAGCUUUUCCAAUCCGCAUCAAAUGCCGCCAAGUCUGAUCUUAAGCGCCAACUCAAGACUUUCAAGGUGCGGCCUGCCAUUGAGCAGGCCAUUGUGGCCUCCCUUGCUCCGGCAUCUUCUCGACCCAUAACCCCCGCCGCCGAAGCCGCGCCGGCACCUCGUCCAGCUCUAUCCGCCAGUACUUCAUCCAUAGUCGACCGCCCCAUUACGCCAGGAGUCGAUACGAAACCCGAAGCUCUAGAACCUUUGUAUGUCAACACAAAUCGAGAACUAGAUGACAUGUUUAAGGAAAUGGCGUGGUUCUUCGAAGGCAAGGAAACAGAACACAACUGGUUGAAACGAGAGAACGCCGUUCAUAAAUUACGAAGGCUCAACGUGGGUAACGCGUCUGAUUUUCCAGACACCUAUAUUCUCGGAAUCAAGAGCAUUUUGGACGGCGUUAUCAAGUCCAUUACAUCCCUGAGGACAAGUUUAUGCAAAGAGGGUUGUGGUCUCAUCCAGGAGGUCGCCAACUCGUAUGGCCCUGGAAUGGACCCGUUGGUGGAAUUGUUAAUGCAGUGCUUUGUCAAGCUUUCUGCAGGAACAAAGAAGAUCAGUUCCCAGCUCGCAAACGUGACCGUUGAUAUACUUCUGAGUAACGUUUCAUACACUCCACGCUUGAUGCAGCAUAUCUGGAUGGCUUGCCAAGACAAGAACGUUGCGCCAAGAACUUAUGCUACGGGUUGGCUUAAGACAAUUUUGAAGAAGGAAGCCCAGCACAAGGCUCAUCUUGAGCAUACUGGUGGUGUUGACUUGAUCGAGAAGUGCAUCAAGAAGGGCUUGGUUGAUGCUAACCCUGCCGUGAGAGAAAGGACCCGAUCGACAUUCUGGACAUUCUGGGGGCUCUGGCCCGCAAAGGCUGAUGCCAUUAUGGCCGACUUGGAUGGCACAGCGCAAAAGCUCCUGAACAAGGAUCCAAGUAACCCCAAUUCGCUCAAGCAGGCCGAACCAGCAGCAGCGGCAGCGGCUCGACCUGGGAUGGGCUUAUCUAAGAGCACUAUGGGGACCAGCAAACCCAGUAUCCGCGAGGCUAUGAUGGCUCAACGGAAGGCGAAUGCAGCAAAGAACCUACCGGCUAGGCCUGGCUCUGCCAUGGCUAACCUUUCGCCCAUGAAAACAACCACCUCAAGCACCUCCAGCGCAGCAAGCAAACCCUCCGGAACACGAACCCGGCCAGAGACUGGUGGUAUGUCCGGGGCUCCUAUGCGACCUGCACGAAGAAGGCCGGAGAUGGCGGCGCGCCCUGCGACAGCUGGCCCCUAUUCCGUCCGUGACCUAGAUGCCGGGAGUCCCGAAAGCAUCAGGUCAAAAAACGUAACACCUAAAGCUCGAGAUACCACGCCUAAGAGAACUGGUCCUCGGACACGGCCUGGACAUGCGCCGCAUGCCAGUGAAUCCAGCCUGGCAUCGCCUACGUCUAUAAAAGCAGGUCUUAAGCCAGCCGCCUCUCCUCGAACGAGUCCUACGAAGCUGAAACAAUCCCAAUCCACGAUGCUGCCGUUGAGCAGCCCUUCAAGAGCAAACGAGGAUAUUACCCUCAUGAUCCCAAGUAUGGCCAACCUGAGGGCUGUGCAAAAGCCUGUAGUUGAACCUCAAAGAGCACUCUCAGUGCCUCCAGAGGCAGCAGAAGAAUUGACUACCCCUGUUACAGAAUCUGCACCACAGCUGGCUCCAGCAGCCAUUAUAAAGGCUGCUCCAAAGGCCCAACCAGAGCAUGAGGUUGCUCCUGAACCUGUGGUAGAGCCUACGCCCGAGUACACGGAUCAACAUAUGGAAGAGAUUGAACCUGUCGAACCUGACGAACCUGUUGAGCCUGCAGGACUCGCCAAGUCUCCUGAGCCUGCACUGCCUGAUGAGUCUGAUGAGCCUGAUGAGCCUGCUGUUGCUGUUGCUGUUACAGAGCCUGUGGACGAGCCCGCAGCCGUGCCGGCCGAGUCCAUGCACGUCGACCCUGUCCAAGAAGCCCCCGCUGCAACGCUUCAGGUCUACGAGGAUCCAUUCACCGAUGACCAGCCAGCACCGAAACCAACAUUCAAUCUUCCCGUGCUGGAAGAUAAACCCGUCAACGCUGACGCGGCCCCCAUGCUCAGUGCUCGCUCUCAAUCUCCCGUGACACAAGACGUAGAAGAAUCUUCUGAGAGAACGAAGCAAAGUUCACGGCUGCUUGAAAGCGGCAUCACCAGAAUCAAGGCAAAGACUCUUGAUGUGCAUGGCUUCCGAAAACUGCAGUCUUUGUUGCGUGAUAGCAAGGGUAUCUUCACUGACGAUAAAUUUGAGGCCCUGUUGAUUGGUCUUUUCCAGUAUCUUGAAGACCCUCUGCCAGGCAUCAAUCAAGAGAAGGCUCAGGAUGUCAAGGCUCAGAUCCUAGCUACAAUCAGGCUACUGCUCCGAAAGGAGCGUGAUAACUUCCAACCUCAUGUGUCCAGGGGCCUUGAAUCACUUCUGGAAACGCGCAGUGCGUAUGAUAUGCGUGCUCAUAUCGUUAGUGGCGUUGAGGUCUUGGCUGAUGAGCUUGUGACCAUUGGAGACGGCUCCGAGAUUGUUGUUGUUUUGACAAAACGACUCCAAAGUGUUGAAAGUUCUGCGCCCGAAGGUAGUCGCAUACUCAGUACUGGAAUGCAUGUGCUACGGACGAUGCUCAAUAAGAGACCCAACUUUGUGCCCAUUGAUACAGAGCUUGGUCAACUGGCUGCUCUUGCUGGCCGAUGUCUCGUGUCAACAGACUCAGGCGUCCGCAUGGAUGCUGUUCAGCUUUGUGUUGCUUUGCACUCAAGGGUAGGCGAGCAGGCUUUCUGGAAUGCCCUCAAGGAUGUUCAGGAUGACCCAAAGAGCUUAAUCACCUACUAUAUUGUCAAGAGGCAGCGAGAGCAAGCACCUACCAUUGUUGCUUGA